CGAAGAAGAAAGAGUCACAGUUUUUCUCUUCUUGUUCCCAAACCUCGGGCUACGCUCUCCACACGAGCUCGGGGAAUGUUCGUGUCUCUUGAGAUGUAAUCCGUCAGAGGCGCUGACGUUGGAGCGUCUUCUGCUCGUUCUUCUUCUCCAUCUUCUUCUUUUUCCUCCACCUCUACGUCUUACUCUCCCUUGUGUUGCACCUCGACUUCUUCGCCAUCUCCCAUCUCUUCUUCUGCUUCUUCUUCUGCUUCUCGUUCUUCUUCUCCUGCUUCUCGUUCUUCUUCUCUUUCUUCUCCUUCUUCUCUUGGUCGCUCUUCCCUCAGUUCUUUUCUCAGACUGCGCUCGUUCUCUCUGUGUCUUCCUCCCUCCCCUUCCGCUCUUUUGUGCAGUUUAUUCUCUUCGCUUGCUCGCCUCUCUGCGCCUCUUUCUUCGCGCUCUUCGCUGUGGUUGCUUCAGCGUAGCUUCUGCCUCUGUACAGCACGCGGUUCUGCGUCAGAGAGAGGCCGACAGAGAGAUGGCGAGAGUACGCCGGAUCGCAUGCAGAGAGAACCUUCUCUUCUGCAAAACCGUAUGCUGUUCAGUUCCACACAGGCGAUUUGGAGAUUUCUCUCGUCUCCCUUUCCCGCCAGUUUCUAUCGCCGCGAAUCAGGAGAGAGCAAGCAAACAAGCUCCUGUCGCGUCGCCUUCUUCUCCGUCCUCUUCGCUCUCGUCUCCUUCAGCUUUUCACUCGUGUCUUCCCCACUCUUCCUUCUCUUCGCUUUCUUUCCUGCGCGUGACUUCUUCGUCUUCAUCUCUCACACCUGCUGGUUUUUCCUCAUCGUCCUCAUCUGACCGGUGCCGUCGCGCUGAGGACUCUUGUCAUUGUUCUCCGGUCCUUGUCCCUCCUCGCUCUCUCCAAGUCUCUCGAGGCUCUUCUGCCUCUUUCUCUUCUGCGCGUUCAACUGCACGGUCUCCACUCCGCUCUUCGUCUUCUCUCGAUUCUCCUCCCCCGGUUCACACGGUUGAUUCCGCGUCCUUCUCCCAUGCGUCUGGGGGACGCUCGAGGGAAACUCUCGAAGUCGAGGCUUUGCUGAAAGUCGCAAACGACCUCUCUUUCUCUUCUUUUCUUGCUUCUUCGUUUUCGUCUCGCGGUUCUUCCGCUGCGAAGCGCAACUUGGGAGAGACCUCUCUUCGCGCUUCCCGAGCGGGGUCUCAGUCUCGCCGCGACGCCCUCCAGUCUCCGCUCCUUUCUUCUGCACCUCUCGUCUCUUGGGGAGACGUCCUCUUCCAAGCUCACGGUCUGCUGUCUCAGUUCUCCGUCCAUGAAAUUGUCGCGCUUCUUCAGGCAAUGGCGCGCUUCGGUCCUGCGUGUCUCCUCAACGCUCCUCGCUCGAAAAGAGGUAGAAGAGACACUCGAUACUCCUCUCUUACGCAGAGGCUUCCUUCUUCAUCUGCCCUCUCUCCUUCCUCCUCUUCUCCCUCCUCUUCUCCUCUUCUUCCCUCUUCUUCUCCCUCUUCUUCUCCCUCUUCUUCUCCCUCUUCUCCUCCUCUCGCUUCUUCUUCUGUCGACCAAGCAGAAUGCGGACUUCACUCUGGCGAGGAGAUCUCCAAGUCGCCUCGCGAGCCUUUUCGCGCCUUCACUCUUGAGCAGCAAGGCUUUCUUGUGGACAUUCUGGAGGACAUGCAGACGGCGUUGGUUGCGAAAACUGCAUGCCUUUCUGCCGAGGAGAUCUGCAGCGCCUUGAAUUCUUUUCAGCUUCUCCACGCUUCUCUCACGCGUCUGCGCCCUGCCUUUAGACUGCGCAUGCUGGAAUUGCACGGCGAAGCGAAGAGGAGGGAAUCGGAUCUGAACGACGAGGGAGAAGCAGGAGAUGAACUUGUGCUUGUUCAGACGCUGCAAGGACCUCUAGAGCGAUCAGAGCCUCUUCGCGGAGGGGAGCGGAACAACGAGGCGGACGCGGAACUUCAUGCGGUGUCUCUGUCGGACCUCGUGAAGCUGUGGCAUGGCGCAUGCGCUCUUGGUCUCUCGGCGCCCGCUGUGGCUUCUGCGGUUUUGGCUGCAGCCCAGAGCUCUCAGGCACACAAGGAAGUUGCGUCCGGCACGGAAGACUUGGUAUUUCUCGUUCGCGCCUGUGCGAUGCAUCUGGCGCGUCGGAGCCUCGUCGAAGAGAGCGAAGUCUCGCCUCGCGUAUCUGCUGGCAGCUUUUUCCUGGAGACGCCGCCUCCCUCGAAACAGCAUGCGUCCUCUCGGCGGCUGAUCGCGUCUGCGUCGCCGAAUGAGGCAGACCGAGACGAUGCAGAAGAGUCGGAAACUGACGAAAGAGAAAGCGUCCUUGACUGGGAGGUCGCUGGACUGAUGAGUGAGGCUCUCAGCCGCGUCGAAGGCCGGAUCACCAGUUUCGACAAUCGUCAUGUCAUCCUUCUUCUUGAAGCUCUCGCUCUCGUCGGCUUCGCGCCGGGCUCGCUUGUCGACAAGACGCUGCAGACUUGCGUGCUGCCUCGCGUGUGUCACUUGCGACCCGAAGAACUCCUCGGUCUUCUCCAAGCUGUAGCAGCUUUGGACGUCCAGUUCGACGAUCUUCUUCAGGCAAUGGGCGAACGCGUGACCGAAAUUCUCCCUCAGUUCGAACUCCCAGGUCUUGUCUCUCUCGCCUCGCACUUCACCGACUUGGAGUUCCCUCCCAGGUUGCUCCUUAGCGAGUUGGCGUCUCGGCUGGAUGAAGCUGCAGCAACUCUUGAUGACGACACUCUGCGACAAAUGGAGGUUCUCUUUGCUCGUCACGGACUGCCGCACGAGAGCAUCUGCGCUCGCCUCGAAACCGAGUUGUGUCCGCAGGAGACAGGAACGAACUAAGAACGGAGCUUUCUAGCGUACAUCUUGUUCUUGAUCCUCACAACAUAGAAGAUAAACAAGACGGAGUGUCUGUGACGCGGGUUGCGGCGCCUCGUUUUUCUCAUCGAAGGGAUGUCUGUUUGAACUGUUGGUGCUUCUCUCUCCUUUUCUAAUCUUCCACGGAGGUUCGAUGUCUGUCACGACACACGGAAGGUGCCUCGGUGCUGCUUUUCAGGCGAUUCUGUGCCCACCGUAAAAACGAAAACCUUUCGAAGGGGCUGUGGCCGGAAAGGACCGUUUCUGUAAAAGGGACUCGUGGCUUGUUAUUUAUUCAGUCUGGCAUGUGUGAAAGUGUCUGUUACAGACGUCUGUUGCCGGCAGACGGUCCUGGAUAGACCGUUGUGUUUCUGCUUACCUGUCAAACUUCGUACGAAGCUGACAUGACAGAGAUGUCAUCUUACUGCAGUAAGGGAAAUUCGACACUACCGAUUUGAAAGGUGAAGGAUGGAGUAAAGUGUACACAGGUCUCAUGUCGGCAAGAGCUGGGGCGGCUCGAAAUACGUUUUCGUACAUCUUCGACGCGUUUCGGCCUCUCAUAGGGAGUAGAAAUCUUGUUUUUCCCUGGGUGUGUGUCAUUCGACAUGCUGCCCUUGCAUGCGGUCAAAGUGGAAGAAACGUGAAGACGCCCAGGUGGACCUGUUAAAAAGAUUCGGC